GAACAUCACAAGUUUCCUGACGAUGCCAUCAUACCGCAAGCCACCUGUGAACAACGAAUAUUGCAUUGGAGGUGAAGAGCAGAAAGCUGGAGCUAGCAAGGGGCCCCAGAGAUCUGGAAUUUCUGAGCCCUUCCACCCAGUGCCUGGAUGUCGCAGCUUAGGUGAAUGGCACCCCUUGCAACAGCCAAAAAAGGAUGUGCCACUAAACCCUCCCUUGCGACGCCCAAAGGAAGACCUGCCACUGAACCGUCCCCCGGGACAGCCAAAUGAUGUGCCACUGAACCCUCCCCUGCGACGGCCAAAGGAAGACCUGCCACUGAACCGUCCCCUGGGACAGUCAAAAGAUGUGCCACUGAACCCUCCCUUGCGACGGCCAAAGGAAGACCUGCCACUGAACUGUCCCCUGGGACAGCCAAAAGAUGUGCCACUGAACCCUUCCUCGCGACGGUCAAAGGAAGACCUGCCAUUGAACCCUCCCCAGCGACGGCCAAAAGAAGACCUGCCACUGAAUCAUCCCCUGAGACAGCCAAAAGUAGUGCCACUGAACCCUUCCUUGCGACGCCCAAACGAAGACCUGCCACUGAACCGUCCCCCGGGACAGCCAAAAGAUGUGCCACUGAGCCCUCUCCUGCGACGGCCAAAGGAAAACCUGCCUCUGUACAGUCCCCUGGGACAACCAAAAGAUGUGCCACUGAACCCUUCUUUGAGACGGCCAAAGGAGGACUUGCCACUGAACCCUCCACCUCUGCUCGAGACCACUACGCCCUUAGAGUUGUUCCAGGAUGCAUUUGCAGUCCUGAAUGACUUCUGUGGAAAUCUUUGCACCAAGAUACCGUGCGGCCACAAGCAUAAGUACCCAUUCUACAAGAGAGCGGUAUGCAACACUGAGGACUUGAUUAUGACGUUCGAAACCGUUGUGCGCGUGACGGAUCACAUGGAUUUUGUGGUGAAGAUGUUUGGUUGCAGCCGGGACGACAUGGUGGACUUUGCUGAAGCACUGAUCGUGACACUGAUAAAGAUCCUGGAGAAACUGCGCCAUGAGGCCAUUCCUAAAAAGAAAACUUGGCGAGUCGAGUUGAAUGACAUGGUCGACUUUUUGAUGGACCCGAACAAUAGGGACUUCCUGACUAUGGCUAAGCAGCAAAUUAGAUGUAUGCAUGACACCAUCUGUUGGACCUUGCUUUCUAUCUGUCCUUGAACUAAGCCUCGCCACCAGUGAUUUCAAAAACAUCGUGGUCCGGUCGAGUCUGCAGCAGCCUUGCAGCUACCAAAGUGCCCUUUUUUUUUCUUCAGUGUUUGCAGUGAAGUACCUGUUGAAGUUUCCGGUGUAUUUUCUAAAAGGAAUGCAAGUUUUGUACAUUCUUUCUUUUUUGUGCCAAAUAAAAUAACAUUCUUGGGGGAACA